CAAACACAAGUCACGUGACGUUGUGUCCAAAAUUGGCUUCAAAUUGUGAUACCUGUCAAACUGUAAUAUUUUAAUAACAGCUCCCUGUUGAAAUCGACAUCAUGUCGAAAUUAAAAGGUUAACAUAAUUUAAUAUCGAUUAAGGAAAAUGACCGUCCGUCAUAAGCGCUAGGAGCCGCUGUGAAGGUGAUACAUGUUGGUUAGCAUAGCUUGUUUUUCAGUUUCAAACCUUCAAGGUCUGACUACACUGAGCCAGUGACAGCGGCAGUUUGGUGAUAACCCAAUCCAACCAGCGAGCCUGGCGAUUGUUUACCUGAGUCUCUCAGGUAAGAGGGUGAACAGGGGGCAGGGCCACCUGACAGGUAGGCGGGAUGCCUGUGGAGGGAGGAAGCAGCAGCGGCUCUGCCUCUGCCGUCCGUCAUCCGAAGCAGAAGCGUAAGGCUCACAGUUUGUCUAUCCGGCGCACAAACAGCACGGAGGAGAGGACACCAGGCAUCACAAAAGGAGACAUGCUGGAGGGACAGGACUCCAAGCUGCCCCUCGCCAUACGCAGUAACCUCCUGGACCUUUUCGGACAAAUAGAGCGCGAGUUUGAGAAUCUGUACAUCGAAAAUAUUGAAUUACGCCGGGAAAUCGACUCUUUGAACGAGCGUCUGACCGGAGAUGGGCAGACGAUCGAGGGAGGAGACCCGACCAAGGGAGCGCUGAAGACAAAAGCGAGCCACAGCACCAGUCAGCUGUCACAGAAACUAAAGACGACCUACAAAGCCUCCACCAGCAAGAUUGUGUCCAGCUUCAAAGCCACCACAGGGUCCCGCGCUCUGUGUCAGUUGCUCAAAGAGUACGUGGGACACCGGGACGGAAUCUGGGACCUCAGCGUCACCCGGACUCAGCCGGUGGUCCUGGGCACUGCCUCUGCAGAUCACUCAGCUCUGUUAUGGAGUAUAGAGACAGGAAAAUGUCUGCUGAGGUAUGCCGGCCAUGCAGGAUCAGUCAACUCCAUAAAGUUCCACCCCACAGAGCAGAUGGCCCUCACAGCCUCCGGGGACCAGACGGCUCACAUCUGGCGCUACAUGGUGCAGCUUCCUGCCCCCCAGCCGCCACCAGAUGUCAGUGCCCUAUGUGAUGAAGACCAGGACUCAUCGGACAGAGAGGAAGGUGAGGUGGACUGCGAAGGCCCCUGUGAGGUCCCCACUGUCCGGGUCGCCACAGCAACCCUGAAGAGCCACCAAGGUGUCGUGAUUGCAGCUGAUUGGUUGGUAGGAGGCCGACAGGUGGUAACUGCAUCCUGGGAUCGAGCUGCAAACCUGUAUGAGGUGGAGACGUCAGAACUGGUCCAUGCACUCACUGGUCAUGACCAGGAGCUGACUCACUGCUGCACACACCCCACCCAGCGCCUGGUGGUCACCUCCUCCAGAGACACCACCUUCAGACUGUGGGACUUCAGAGACCCGUCCAUCCACUCUGUCAACGUUUUCCAGGGACACACAGACACGGUGACGUCAGCAGUGUUCACAGUCGGAGACAAUGUGGUUUCAGGGAGUGACGAUCGCACUGUCAAGGUGUGGGACUUGAAGAACAUGAGGUCGCCCAUCGCCACCAUCCGCACUGACUCAGCUGUGAACAGGAUAAGCGUGUCUGCCAACCAAAAGAUCAUCGCUCUGCCGCACGACAAUCGACAAGUCCGACUGUUUGACAUGAACGGAGUGAGACUGGCCAGACUUCCACGCAGCAACAGAAUGGGUCACAGGCGCAUGGUUUGCUGUACAGCAUGGAACGAGGAGAACCAGUCGUGUAACCUGUUCACCUGCGGCUUCGACCGACAGGCCAUUGGCUGGAACAUCAACAUCCCAGCCCUGCUGCAGGAGAAGUGAAGCUACUGACGCACAAACACAACAGACAAACACACACACACAAACACACACACACACACACACUCACGCAGGAGAAACACUGUAAUCUGUGGCCUCUGUGUUCACUCUGUGAAGCAUUUUAGUUGGCAUGUAUUCUUCUGAUUUUCAGGCUGCUAAGGUGUGUGAUUGUUUGCGAAAAUAAUAGAUUUCUUUUGGUUUGUUUUAUUUUUGAGGAUGUAACUGUUAGCAGUGAAGCAGUGAUUGAUCAGCAUAUUCUGGUCCCUUCUUUAACAUAUUUCAUGUCCAGAAGGCUAGAAGGUAUGGAAAUGUUGGAAUCUCUCCUGUAGAUUUCGUCAGCCUUCAGCAGUGAAACAGGCGGUUGUGACUGCAACCUAAACCUUGUGGUUUAUCAAAGUUUUCCCACUAAGCUUUCCCAGUUUUCACACUUUUUUUUAAUCACUGACAGGCUCAGAUUUUACAUUCUAAUUAAGCUUGAAAACACAGUUAUUUUCGCAGAAACAACCUUUAACAUGACCUUUUCCGAAGAUACCAGAUUCCCUUUGCAAAAAUAGUCAAUGAACCUCUUUGUACUGAGGAGCUGCCGGUCUACCACAGCCUUUGUUGGUUAGUUUGAGUGUUUCACAGUGUGGUUCUUGUGUUUGAAUUAGUUGGUUCUGAGCCAACAUGACUAAUAGAUCAAGGUGGUUGUUGUCCAUAGACUGUGUAAAACAUAGAUGUAGUCUCAGUGACGUCACCCAUGGUUUCUGAAGAGGCAUUUUCAAACCCAAAGAUGGAGGUUGCAAUCUUGGAAAUGCUGACUCCAACUAACUUCUAACUACUCUGGAAACAAGCAAAGAGGUGGCCUUAUAUCUGGCCUAAUUAGCCACGCCCCUAAUAAUGCCUCAUUAUGCUGGACUCUUAGCCUUAAAUCUCCUGUGAGGAGCUUUUAACUGGUUCUUAAUCACAGAAUGAAAAAAAACAAGAACCUUUCAUGGACAUAGUUAAUUGUUAGUAUGCAUAUGACCAUUACAGCCUGUUUCACUGCUGCUUGCUUAAGCAAUCUACUGGCGCAGUUCCAGAGUUGUAGGUAUUUAGUCGUAGUUAAGACUUUGGAAAUAUGUAAGAAUAGGAUCCAAGUUAAAAAAUCCCUGAAUCACCCUUUAAGUCCUUGGUUCUCAACUGGUGGACCCAAAAGUGAGUAGUUUAGCCAUUUUCAGUGGGUCCUGGAUGUGUGCCUGAGAAAAAGUUGAGGCAACAUGUCUCUGCUGUGUCUUCACUUUGAAGGACGUGUUUUAUUUGACUUUGUGCUGUUACAGCAGUAAGGUUAUUAUUUAGACUCCAGCACAGUAGGGGGCAGUAAUGCACCUUAACGCUGGCUGCUGACCCCUGUUUAAGAAAUUUGGGUUCUGAUUGUCAUUGAGUUAGUGGAGGGUCCUGAGGCUUGACUGGUUGAGAACCACAGCUUUAAGUUACUGAUGUGUUUCCAGCAUUUUAAGUGUGUAUGAGGCCACAGAGCUGCUCUUCUGUAAUCCAAACCUCUCACUUAUUUAGCAUGAAUUGUGAAUUGUGACACAGCUACGCUGAUCCUUCUUUCUUUAAAUUCUGUAGUACAUGUUUGACUCCACAGUCACAGGCUGCUGCUCACAUCACUGUUGUUGAGUUACUGCUGAAAUGUUGCAUGUAGAUACACUCAGUUUGCAAUGUUACUUGUAAAGUUAUAAUAGUCUAAUAAUAAGACCUGCAGAGCUUGUAGUAUAAGUUAUAAAGAAGUGAUGUAUAUAUUAUGUCAUGGCCUGAUUAAGUGACCUGCAGGUCGUUCUAGUUCCUGGAUUAAGUGUCUUACAGUUAUCCACCUUUUUUUGGGUGGAGUUUGGCAGAGAUAACACGGUUCUGUGAAAUGUUUUUAUCCAUUGAUCCAGACUUUAAAUCAUUUUCAUACCAUGAAGCAAACAUAUCAUAUUGAAGCCUGCCAGAUCACCUGUGCUGCACACAGGCUGCCGGGUUGUUCAGUUGUCUUAAAACAGGAUGUGCUGUCCUGUGUGAAGGUUUGAGUCUUUGCCUGUUAACCUUUCAAUGCUUUCAAUUCACAGCCAGCCUCUAUAUUUCAAGAUUAAGUUGUCGAUAUUUCAAAUUUAUGAUACUGUAACUCUGCCUUGUUCCAUGUUUACAGUAGGAUUUAAUUUUGUAUCUAUUGCUUCAUUCUGCCAAGUGUCAAGAGCAUAGCAAUAACAAGAAAAUGACUGCACUUCUGUCUCCUCUGUAGGUCUGUGAAUAGGAUGUGUUAAAAUGAUUAUACUCUAUAAAUGUUUCAGGUUAAGACGUCACUACUUUUAGCCAUAAUAUGCGCCUAUAAUUCCUCGUGUCAGUGAAAUACAGACCCAACUCACCUAGAGCCCUGUGUUGCUGUAAUCCCAAAGUGAACUUGUGUGUUUCUGCUCAUUAUGUGCUUCAGAAACAGCCUGUCGAUAUGAUGUUCUUGUGUUUACACUUUGCGUUUAAAUCUUAAGCUGUUUUCAGACCAAAAAUUGAAGCGAAUAAUCAGCUUGUGUCACUUGCACAACUUUGUCUGAGGGAUCAUUGUGUUUACUCCCAGCAGUGAAACACAAUUCUCGAAUAUCCACCCUUUUAGACAUACCUGAGAAAACUUCUGCUGUGUAUGGGUUCAUAACAUUGUUCGUAGUUGCACUCAAACUUGGUUAAUUUCCCCAUCUUCUCCAUGAACUGUGUCUGGAUGAACUUUCCUGCUGCUUCCAGCUACUUGAGACUAUCCAGUCCCCAGUUGAUGACCUGUUAGGAAGGAUUAGUACCAGGAUUUCUCUGACCAACUAUUAGCGCUCUGUUGUCCAUCUGUCUCCAGUAGGUCCCAGUUUCAAUGUAACUAGCAAGUCUCACAUUGGUUACAAACUGUCUAGCUGCAGCUCUAAUGACCCAAAAUAAUUAGAUUUCACUAAAAUAUUGAAUCAAAACAAAGACUGGAAGGAUGCUGAAAUAACCACAUCAAUAUUAAAAGUCUGAUUAUAAUCUUUGUCAGGUCUGUCUCAAGAUUAGAAGCAGACCAUUUUUGAAGUGUUUUUUGGAGUUUGUUUGGGCGAUAUUUAAUACAUCAACACAAGACUCUUAAUGCUCACAGGCUUAAGCAACACAACCACUUGAAUUUUUGCUGUAGUGAGGUUGAAAAAAAUCCAAGUUUCAUUUUAGGUUUCACAUCAUUUGCGUGUACUUGUGUUUUGCGUUGACAUUUUAUUUAUUUAUGCUACGAUAUAUUAGCUUUACUUUUGGUCUGAACACAGCUUAAGCCCUUGCUUUACCUCUCGCUGUAAAUGUUGCUUUUCACUUUAUCCAAAUACAGAAGCAAUAACCCAGAUCCUCCGUGUGUCUGGUGCUUACAGUGAAGCCAAUUUCUGAUUCCAGUAAAAAUGACUUGAAAAACAAAGGAUUACAACAAGAGUCUGACUUUAUCUGAAACCAGGAAACCUUUAUUUUUUGUUACACUUGUGCAAUAUACUUAACAUGAAGUAAUGCUGUAGUUACAAGUCUUUGGAUGUUUAAUUUAUUUCUAUGGAAGUCUAUUUCAGCUGGUGGAAAAAGGGAGGUGAAGCUAGGUCUUAAUGAAACAAAGAACAUUCAUGUUAGGUCAUAAUUAUGAGAUAAAACAUCAUUAUUUUAGGAUGAAACACAACAUAAUGGGAUAAAAAGGUUUUAUUCUGAAAUAGGAUGUAAGAGAUAAAAAGUUAUUUUUUGUUAAAAGGUUAAAGUUUGAAAUAAUAGUCAUAAGUAUGAGAUUAAGGUCUUUCUUGAAAGAGGUACAAUAUAAAGAUUAAAGUUGAGAAUAUGAAUAAUAUGUCUAUGAGACAAAAAAUCUAAUGUUGUAAGAGUAGUUAAAGACUGAGAUUUAUUUAAAAUAGGUGACAUUAUUUAAUAAGAUAAAAAGUUGUGAUUAUUGAAGAUUCAAGAGAUUCAAAGGUUUUUAUUGUCAAUUUUCACUGUAUAUACGAGACAUACAGGAAAAACGAGAUGCUGGUUCUCUCUUCCAGCUUUUAAAUAUCUAAAAUUUAAAUAUAAAAUACAUUAAAAUAUAAUAAAAUACAGUUUUAUAAAAACAGACUAUGUACACAGUGCAGGUAGUGCAGUGACAGUUUAAAAUGGACAAUGAAAAUGAAAAUAGAUAACAGUGCAAAUGAUAUUAAGGUGCAGACAGUAGUCGAGAGAAGUAUAUGAUUAAGUAAACGGUUAAUGUGCAAAAAAAAUAAUUAUAAGAUAAAAGUCUACAUUUUGAGAAUUCAAAAGUAAAAACAUUUAAAAGUCAGAAAUAAUGAGAUUAAAGGUUGACAUUUUAAGAACUCAACUUUUAAAUAAAAAGCCAAAUUUUUUAAGGAACAUUUACAGAAAAAUUCACAAUGAUGAGAGUAAUUAUUGUGAGAUAAAAAAUCAGAAUGAGGAAAAAGAACUCGUGAUUUUGAGAUUACAACAUUCUAAUACAUGUAAAUUUGAUUAAAAAAAUAAAAUAAAAUUACUAAGAGGUCAAUUUUGAUUAUAAAGUCAUAAAUAUUGUUCAUAAAUAUGACUUUAUAUUGUAAAAUCAGGACUGUGUGUCUCAUAAUUCUGACUUUUUCUCACUAUUUGUACUUUAACUCAUAACGAACAAUUCAGACUUUUGGACCUCUUAUAAUUUUGGCUUUUGUAAUUAGAAUGACUUUAAAUUAACAUUUUUAUUUUUAUUUUAUCAUUCAGGCUUAGCCAUUACUUUUUUAUUGACUGGCUGAAAUGGGCUCCCAUAGACUUCAGUGCUGUAAAUGAUCUCUAAAAUGAUCUGAUGUGAGUCUGCUGUAGAUGUAGCUCAGAGUAAAAACUCCACAUGUGCAUAACUUACCCAAAAGUUGGCUUCAUGCUGCUUAUUCCUCCAACAAAUCGAGUGAGGGUGAGUUCAAAGAAGCAGGAACCUUAAAAAUGUAAUUGAAAUGCCUUACCAUUGCAUUAAAAAAUGUACAUUAGCCUUAUCACUCUGAGCAUAGAUGCACGUUUCCAAAAGCUUGUUGAAGAACUCAUUGUGUCUGUGCACAGAGUAGAUUGGAUGUAACGUCAGUUCGUUCAGAAAACUCAAUCUGUCGCCCGCAGAUAUCGCUGUCAUUUUAAUCUGCAGGUAGAAAGAGAAGUCCGGCUCAACCCAUCGUAUGAAUAAAACUCUGAGGAAAUAAGAUUUUGGAUUGAUACAUUAAAUUGUUGUUCACCAGAUUAAAAGGGUAAAAAAGUAGACAGGCUUCGCUUCAGUGCAGCGGAUCAAACUUCAUUACCUGAUCUGCUUUGCAUUCCUUAUUGUGACGACUUCGUGCUCCCUGAUGCUUUCCAAUAAAAACGUGUGAUUUCCUCUUUUA